AUGCCCAUUGCAAGUCUUACACCAACCUCCACAGACGCUAUAAUCCCAGAGAAGAAUACUGUCCCAGAUGGAGGUAGCCCAGACAUCACCAAUCUGAAUAUCGCUCAGUUGCGUCUUCUCCAUCACUAUACGACUGUGACUGCGAAAACGCUUGCCCAUGACUCUGCAGCGGAAGUGGUGUUUAGCACACAUCUGGUCAAGACUGCUUUCAGCUACCCGUUUCUCCUUCAUGCAAUCCUGGCACUUGGUGCACUUCAUUUGAGUCGACUGGAAGGGCCUUCUUCAUCAUCGCACACGGAAUAUGUAUCCCUGGCCGAUCAGCAUCAUGACGCAGCACUGAACGAUUUUCGAACCAGAGUUCUUAAUAUCGACGACACAAAUUGGGAGGCGGUCUUGAUGUUCGCCGGUGCACUUUUUCCGUACUCGUGUACCGCUUCUGUAACUGCCAGCGAUGACCUGGACCUCGCUUUUGGAAACUUCCUAUCAAACCUGGUGUUGACUCGUCGCGUACGCCCAAUGGUUACUGGGUUCUACCAAGAAAUGAUGAAAUCCGAACUCGGCGCGAUGAUACCUUCCGAUGUGAAGGGAAUAAAUUGGGAGACAAAAGAAGUGCCUGUAGAGACCGAACUCGUACAACUUCGCAAAUUUGCCGAGGUAGUACACCACAUAUAUCCUCCGGAUAUCAUAGAUGCCUACGGAUACGCGAUCCAUAUCCUUGAGCUCACAUUUGUCGUAGCUGCAGAAUCAGCAAGGCCACCAUCAGACGCCCUACUGAAGAUUUGGAUUCAUUUCGUUUCCGAUCGAUACGUAGAGCUUCUUUCAGAACGCCAACCAGGCUCUUUGAUCAUUCUAGCACACUACGCUGUGCUUUUGCACAGAAGCAGGCAAUAUUGGUACCUGGAUGGCGAGGCUGAACAGAUACUGAACAUCGCAAAUGCCUUCGUUCCGACUGAAUGGCAGUCCUGGCUUGAAUGGCCGAAGGCACAAAUACGCGGCGGUCCCGUAACGCCUAUAUCUUGA